UUCUCACGGAACUGUAGUCAAGUUGUAAUCGGACCCAACAUUGAAUGAUUCAUUCAACUUACUCCUAAACCUAUAUAUACUUCGCCACUAUUGUAUUCGAUAUAACGCGUCGUUUACGAGUCCACCGGUAUAGCCUGCAAUGCAAUCGUUCACAAUCCCCCUAUCGAACAAUGCCACAGUGGCGGGCAUACACUCGAUCCCCAAUCCGGCCGCAUCUCCUCUUCAUCGUCCAUUGAUCGUUGGCUUGCACGGUGGGACUUAUGACUGCCAUUAUUUUGAUGCCACGCCAGACUAUUCCGCCUCCAGAGCAAGUAUUGCUUUCGGCAUCCCGUUCGUCUCUAUUGACCGACCUUGCGUUGGUGGAACUAGCUCCUUUCUACCCGUUCCGGGAGGAUCGAACUUCAAUCAAGAAACUGGGCGCUGGUUGCAUAAGCAUAUUCUCCCUGCUUUGUGGUCUGAAUUCGGCAAUGGUUGCAACUGCAUUGUCCUUCUAUGCCAUAGCCUUGGUGUAAUGGGAGGCAUCGUCGCUGCAGCGAUGCAUGCACAGGAUGAGAAGCCGCGAUAUCCGCUCGGAGGUUUGAUUGUAAGUGGAAUGGGUGACAAGGCGUCUCCAUCGGCGAACAAUUCUCCUCCACCCGUGUAUGAGAAGGUCGGCUCGGAUCAUGUUGCGAUGCCUGUGGAUGUCAAGGAUGUUAUGAUGUUUAAGCCGGGGACCUGUAGCCCAGAAGUUCUGGCUCACAGUGACCGCCUGAAUACAGUAACACCUGUGGUGGAGUUACAGCAGUAUCCAACUAUUUGGCUUCCCACAUGGCGCGACAGUUGGGCGAAGCAUGUCGCAGCACCCGUUAUGUUCGCACUCGUGGAAAACGAUGUCGUCUUCGAGGCAAAUGAGGAGGAAAUCAGAAGCUGCACGGCAGCAUUCGAAAACAGCGUGCGGGUUGAUGGCAGUCUAGUCAAAGGCGCACCUCACUGCAUGGAAUUGAGCUAUUGGUCGCAGGGGUGGUACGCCCGUUGCUUCGGGUUUGCGAUGGAAUGCUCUGUCAGUUUAGUCUGCUGAAUUAUAACUUACACAGUAAGCCUAGACUAUAAUCAGAAGCAAAUUGAUAGCACUAUCGCACUGGAUACUAAACACAGCCAUAAGCACCUGGAAUCCCGUUUAGGCAGCUGUGCGGCCGGCCGGUCGGAUUGUACUCUGCGUGAGCGCAUUGCCCUGACUCUGGCAAACACAAAUUCCGCAAAAGCCGCAGUGAAAGAUAGGCAAAUUUGACACGAGCCGAAUGAUCAAACACAGCGACCAGAGCCGCUCAUGCAAGGGACACUUCUACUCUGUUCUUGUUGGUGCUUGUCAAUGCUUGUUGACGUAAGAGAAAUUCUACCUCCAUUCGAAAGCGGCUGGCUCGGUACAUUGGGAUUAACAAGGCAAUUGACAGGAUCAAGGCAAACCUUCAGAGUCAGCUGAUUAACUC